GCGUGACAGCUUUCCUCCUCUGUCAUCUGUCAGUGGACGGUUGUCAGUGAAAGUGGAUGUUGCACAAAAAGAUGUUUGUUUUCGAUUUUUUCGCGUGAAACUGCAGGGCGUAAUCGAAUUUCCAGCAUAAAGAAUGUGAGGUGAUCGACAGAAAUGAGCGUAUUCGGCGAUUUCCAGCAGGUAUGGCUCCAAAGGUUCCCAGAGAGCCCCCUUCCAGGCGCUUGGGAAGAGGACGUCAGAGCGAACCUUGCUAAGCACAAACAGAAGGUUCUACUUCUCCGGGAAGAACUCGAAAAGGAGGAGUUUUACGUAGAGUAUCUGGAGCGAUUGCUCAGCGAUGUAGAGCAGCACAAGAAGAAGUUGGCCAAAGAGAAGAGUGGCGAGCCUGACGAUACAUGUGAUGUCAUUGCAGAUAGCAUAUCUAAACACGACAACAACGAUCGACAAUCAGUGGUGUCCCUGAACGUAGAAGACACAGAGAACUUUUCUGCAAACAUGUGCGUCAACGAGAUUUCCAAGCAGUUGACGCCCUCUGAUCCAGAAAAGUUCGAACCCUCUGCACCACCUGACCCAGACCCCGGGACUUUUGUCACUGUCAUUGAGGUGAAUGGCUUGAAGCAGACCAACGUAUCUUCCACGAAGACGCCUCCAAAGUUACCAUCUAAACCCGAAUCACUAAAAAACAAAAGUAGGACCAGCAAUAGCGACUCAAUAUCGUCUUCGUCUGAGUUUCUCAAUACGGCGGACGAACCUUACUAUGAUAUGGUAGCACCAGAAGAAGACUACGCCCUUUCUAAAAGUAACAAUUCUAGUAUUGAAAAUGUAUUCAGUUCUUCCAGCACCCUGCCUUUGGAUUCUAAAAGGGACUCCAAACAAGAUAUUCAAGAUAACCAGCCGCCUGGAACCUCGAAUUAUGUGAAUAUUGAAUAUUUUAUACAGUCUGCCAAAAAGAAUGGUAGUCAUAGUAGCAGUGAAGAUGAACAUGACGAGCUUGCUGAAUUGAGACGUCACAAUGACAACAGUUCCUAUGCAAGUUCGAGUUCUUUGGAGUCUAUGACGCCUGCAUCUAGGAGGAAAUUCAGUCAUGAAGGUGAUAUGAAGAAUGAAGUGGAUAGAAUGUAUAAAAGCAUUUUAUCUAACAUAACAGACAGUGAAACUAACUAUGUAGACUGGCUUAGCGUUUUGUUGAAGUAUAUGAAAGCAAUUCAAGCAACUGUAGGAACAUCACAACCGAUCGUUAGUGAGGCAGAGCUGAAUACGAUUUUUUACAAGAUUCCUGAACUCUAUACUUUACAUUCAAAUUUCCUAGAAGCACUUAAGAGGCAUUUACAGAAAUGGGAUACAAAAAUCGGCGAGCAUUUCAAAUUGAUGGCUUCAAACUUGUCGCUGUACGGCGCGUUUCUAAGCAACUACGGCCAAGCCUUGGACACAGUCCGCAAGUGCAGUGCUGCCAACACUCAGUUCAGCGAAAUCUCCAAAAACAUCACCUGCAAGCAACUAUCCGGGCAGCCCAUCAGCUUGGAGGACCUCCUUCAUAAACCGGUGGCAAGGGUACAGAAAAACGCUUUGGUGUUACAUGAUUUGUUAAAAUAUGUGCCACCUACGCAUCCGGACCAUCACAGCUUGACCGAGGCUCUGAAUUUUACGCAGAAUUUCUUGGAUCAGUUCAAUAUGAUACAGACGAAGUCUAUGUUUCCUGCAACGGAUCGUGCUCAGAGAAGACUAGUAAAAAAUUCCUUUAUUGUGGAAUAUGUGGAUAAUCACAGGAAACUUAGACAUUUAUUCUUAUUCAAUGAUGUUAUAGCAUGUGCCAAAUAUAAGCCUUCCGGUCGCAAUGAAAAGUAUACCUUUGAGCUGAAAUGGUUUAUUCCAGUAGAAGAUAUUUUAACUUUAGAAGAAACAACCGCCAAUUCACACGAAGUUACGCAAGCUAACAUAGUAGCUUUGAAAUCGCAGGCUUCCAACGUUAGGGAUCAGUUGAGGCAGGAAGAAAAAGCCAAUGAGAAUCGAUCAAAGCUUUCCCGAGGGUCGGACAAAUACCGUAAAAGACUGAUAGAGCUAGAAAGCCAGUUGGUGCUGGUCUCUCCAAACCUGGUGUACCGAAUAAAGAACAAAUCCACUGGGAGGACAUACAUGUUCUUCUUAUCGUCAGAGUUCGAGCGAACUCAGUGGAUCGACGCGAUUCUCACGCUCCAAAAGACGGAAAGGACAGGGAAGGUGCCGACAUCGCCUUUUAACAUGUUAGAGUUGCAGACUUGGAUCACGGCGUGCAGGCAAUUCUUAAAGACUAACAUGGGCUCGUACCUUUUGAGGAGCGGGAAUGAUGAGAGCCUGCUUGUAGGGGAUCUGCACGUGUAUAUUUACGAUAUGACUGGAUUCGACUUUGCUUGUGACCUCUACAUCUGCAUCGAGGUGGACUUCUAUGGCCACUUUUUCCAAAAAGCGAAAACGAAGACCGUCUGCAGUACGACUCACCCCCAGUGGAACGAGACCUUCGCCAUCGAUCUGGAGGGGUGUGAAAACCUGCGCGUGUUGGUAUACAGAGACAGCGGUGGUGCCCAGCCUGUCCUCUUCGGAAAGCACACGCAGAAACUGAGCAGGAAGUGGCUGUCUGAUAGGAUCACGGAGAAGAGCCUGUCCAUUGCUGGGUGUACGUUGAGGAUGGGCUUGAAGUUUGUGCCAUGUGAAGUUAGCUUAAGGAGGGUACCCACGGGGAAAGUUGGAGCGCUGUUUGGCGAGAAAAUACAGGCCGUUUGCAAGAGACAGAAAAGGAAUGUACCAUUCAUCGUGACUGCCUGUAUAAGAGAAGUAGAAAGGAGAGGAAUGGCUGAAGUAGGAAUAUACAGAGUGUCAGGUUCUGCGUCGGACAUAUCCAAGUUGAAAAAGUCAUUCGAAACAAAUUCAUAUGAGGCUGAACAGCUUCUGAAAGAAGUAGACAUCCAUUCUGUGACGGGUAUUCUGAAAUUAUAUCUCAGAGAGCUUCCAGAAGCGUUAUUUAGCGAUCAACUGUACCCCGAGUUGCUCGAGGCUUUCAAUCAGAGCAACGGGAACCUGAAGCGACGCACUGAUCUGUUGAAGCAGAUAUUUGCCAAGCUUCCUCAACAAAAUAGUGAGACUAUCAAGUGCAUUUUGGAUCAUUUGAUUAGGGUGCACGCACACGAAGCAGAGAACAAGAUGUCACUGCAUAACCUAGCAACAGUAUUCGGCCCGACACUGCUCCGGCCAGGUUCCAAGACAGAAGCCAAACAAAAGGACACUUUAGCGGCUGGCACUGUAGACGUAAUGGCCCAAGCUGGAAUCCUCUACUGCUACCUACAGGAUCUCCUCAACAGUUCCCAGCAGAAUAUACCUAGAUGAGGCAAUUUUUACUUCAUAGAGGUGAAACGUUGUCUAAGCCAAAUCCUUAUUAUACUAUAUAAAUAUGCAAGGUGGCUUAUACAGGAGCAAAAGCACAGUGAUAUUUGGUUUUAUUCCAGCUAAAUUGGGAAUGAAGUACAAUUUUUGUUGUGCUAUUGUUUCACCCAUUUUUUCAUAAGCGACGCUUGACGCUUAUAGUCUAGCUCAGUAUAACAAAUAGAUUCAUAAAGGAACCUAAUAGCGUUGACAUGGCGCAGUCUGCAGAAAUCUUUGGUGGUUAAAGUAUCCGUAUAAAAUCGUAAUCUUCGAAAUGUACAUUCCAUACUUUACCCAUUGAUCAACAUACCUGUAUUCCACCAAAUUCAAUUGAAAGCCGCACCUCCGCAAAAAUAAGCAUACUCGUACGUACGUUGUCGCCGCCAACCGUUUAUGCUCACAACUAUAUACUAUGUCGAUCACCCUCUUUAAACGCCAAGGUUGCCACCGCUCGAACUGUUGCCACAGGUUAUGAGAUGAAAAAAUCUUAAGAAUAAUUACGAGGGGGGUUGAGGGGUGAUCUUCCCUUGGAAGGUUGAUGCCACUUCAAAGGAUAAGCAAUCUCUAAGAUCGCAUAUCCCUUUGUUUCAACAGUCUGUUUGAAGAAGUAUCUUCUGAUUCAUUCAUGGUGUGCAUAGAGAUGACUGAAAAACAUUGUUAUUAAUUUUUGUCAUUAAAUGCACUUUUAUGCGUUUUUUACAAUCGCAACUUUGUUUGUUUGUUUAAGAUUUAUUUACCAUGAUUGUUACAAAUACAUUCUUCUAAAAAACUAAACAAUUACAUAACAUACAGAUAUUUAGAAAAAAACAAAAUUUGCAUCUCUAAGAAUUUUCAUUAUCCAUGAAAUUUAAUGUUCUUUUAAAUACCUUUAAAUUACAAGUAGACUAUAUAUCAUUAUUUAGUUUAUUAAAUUCAAGUAAUCCUUUCUAAAAUAUUGAUUUGCUAGCUAUAUUACUAUUGCAAUUUUUUUAAAAACAUAAUAGUACAGCUCGGAAAUUGCAUAAAAAUAUUCCACAUUUAUUGUAAACUAGCUUUCAGCCCAGCCGUUUUACCCACUAAAGCAACCAAAUUCCUCAAGUAUGGAAGUUAGUUUACUAAUGCCAUCAAAGAUACAAAACAUGAUCGGAAGUUUAUAGCAUUACAUAAAAUAAUCUUUUAUGUAAGUAGCAGUAACUUAACGUACAAACUUGCGGGUAACAGCUAGUACAAAAUAAAGCGUCUGAAUCACUUGUCGGUCACAGGCUGAGUAGGGUGCUGUUGGGGAUAUUGUGGUACUUGCGUCACAUUUGAUUGCAAAAUCAAAUAUGAGUUCGUAGAUAAAACUAUACCAGUAACCUUCCUCGGGUAUGAAUUAAUAAGUGUACAAAUUUGUACGCCUCUCUAUUUUGUGGUUCAGACGUGAUACAUGAUGCUGACAGACUGGACAGACAUUCACAUUCAUAUAUAUAUAUAGAUUAAUGUAAUUGCUUUUUUGUUAUCAUGUUUUGUUCAAAAAAGAUUUGCUUUUCUUGAAACAGGAAACUUGAGUUUCCAAAAAAAGCAAGGCCUUUUUAAGAAAAAGAAAAAUAGGAAAAUGCAAUUACUUACACUACUCUACUAUAAAUGUGGAAUAUUUUCAUACAAUUCCAGAUCUGUACAAUUAUUGCUUAACGAGUUACGAUUGUUAAAAAAAAACGCAUGAAAAUGCACUUGUUGACAACAAAAUAUUGUUUUUCAGACAUCCCUAUACACAACAUGAUGAAAAAUAUUAAAAAGUAGUUGUUACCCGCCGACCUCGUUCGCGUGGAAAUGUUGAUGUGUAUAUGUGGGAACUACAGACCUUAUCAAAAUUUGAUCAAUAUGGGUAAUAUCGAUAACUUUAAAUCUCUAUUCUAUAUAUAAUGCUGGUUGACCGAGGCCAUAAAGAAAAUUAAACGGCGUAGAGUUGAAAACCUGAAAGCCGGACUAUUAUUUUUCCAAGUGAGCUAUGAAACGUUUCCUUGUGGGCAUCGAUAUCUAGAUGGUAUUAGAGAUUUAGGGUGUAGCCCGUGAAAUAUAUAUUUCAAAAUUAUUUUCCGGCAUAAAAAGUAGGCUAUGUACUAUUCCAGACUAUAAUCUGUCUGCACUAAAUUUUAUCCAAACUCGUUAAGCCAUUUUGGGGUGAUUGAGUAACAAACAUCUACACGUCCUCAUUGAUAAUAUUAAUUGGAUACCUCCUUAAACAAAAAAGGAGAAAAUCGGAGUCUUAUUAUUACUUCUAAGGGAAUUACUAUGAUCUUACUUGGCAACAUGGCUCUGACGAGGGAAAUUUGAUGUGAACGUCCAUCUUCUUCGAAAAUACAUUAAUCAAUGCUUCAACCUGUUUCUGCAAUGUUGCUUAGGAUCAAAUGGGCUGAAUUUGUGUAUACACUCCAGUUUUAUUAUCAGUAUUAUACGCUGAUAGUGUUUUUGCAACCUCAACGAAAAAAUGUCGGAAACACACACCUCGGUAUUGGACGAAAAACGAAAAGAUUUUCGCGAAGUCGGAACAAGGAUGUGCUGAAUCAUUAUUGUAACAUUAAAAUGAAAUAGCACAGUCUCAUUAAAUUUCAGAACUGCUCAGAGUUGUUACAGGAACAUCUGAUUAAGUAGUGAGUAUGGUCAUAUUAUGCAUAAGAUAAUCAGCCAUAUAUUCGAUUCCUGCGCCAAAAAGCGUUUUGAAAGAUACUAGCGCCAUCUGUACCAGAAUCAAAAUUGAUUUUAGAAACCUACUUUGAAAGGAUUUACGAGUGUUUGGUUCUGCUACUAUGGUGAUAGGAUCUUCAGUUGCUUUUUGGCCUCUCUAACGUCCAUUUUAAUUGGGUACCUUCAGGUGUAAUAUGUACGUACAUUAAUCAGUCCCAAGAUAUAGAAAUAAAAUAGGCGUUAGAGAUGCUAAAAAUGAUUGAAGCUCCUGGUGCCAUCAAAGAGACAAUAGCAGAACCAAAUACUCCAGAUUAGGAUUGGAAGUAAUGAUGUUGCCUAAUGAUGAGUUUUUUAUGGAGCUGUGGGCUACUUUUUUGGGCUUCCCCUACGCCCAUUAGCGUCUUCGGCGGGUCGCUGGCGGCGUGCCACAAAACAAUGCAAAUUGCAUGCGUAAGUGCUUCGGCGACCGCCUCUGCUUCGAAAUCACCGUUUAGAUAAUGGCGAUCGCCUAUUACCAAUGUGAACUACUAAACUCAUUUUAGUGUUCUACUUCUGUCUCAAAGAUGACACGAGUGUCUUUCAGAUCCAUUCCUAUCCGCCGGAAUUCAGUAUAUCUAGCUAGAUUCAGGUAUACAGGGUGUUUCAGAACUAAGGGAUGAAACUUCUAGGGGUUAAUCAGUGUAACAGUAGAAAACAUUUGAGUAUAGGGACCCACAUCCGAAACAGUGCCACUACGGCCCUAAAACGCGUUAAAAUUUAGAAAGACGAUGAAUUGCCUAAAUAGGAUUUAAUGCAUUUAAUGUUUGCCUUUUGUACAUGAUAUCAUCACAACAAUUGUUCAAAAUGUCUUCCUCCAACCUGAAUACACCGAUUUUAAACGUCGCACAUUUAUUUCGGCGGACUUGACACUAAAAAUUUGAUACUCGUUUUGAAUGAAUUGAAGACAUUUUGAACAAUUGUUGUGAUGAUAUCAUGUACAAAAGGCAAAAAUUAAAUGCAUUAAAUCCUAUUU